AUGCCCUUGGAGCUGAUCCAGAGCCGGGUGCAGAAGAUCUGGGUGCCCGUCGACCACCGGCCCUCCCUGCCCAGAUCGUGUGGGCCGAAGCUGACCAACUCUCCUUCGGUGAUUGUCAUGGUGGGCCUCCCUUCCCGGGGUAAGACUCACAUCUCUAAGAAGCUGACUCGCUACCUCAACUGGAUUGGUGUCCCAACGAAAGUGUUCAAUGUGGGAGAGUAUCGCCGCAAGGCUGUGAAACAAUACAGCUCCUAUAACUUCUUCCGCCCUGACAAUGAAGAAGCCAUGAAAGUCCAAAAGCAGUGUGCCUUAGCCGCCUUGAGAGAUGUCAAGAAUUACCCGACAAAGGAAGGGGGACAAAUUGCAGUUUAUGAUGCCACUGAUACCACUAGAGAGAGGAGACACAUGAUCCUUCAUUUUGCCAAAGAAAAUGAUUUCAAGGCAUUUUUAAUCGAGUCCGUGUGUGAUGACCCUACAGUUGUAGCCUCCAACAUCAUGGAAGUGAAAAUCUCCAGCCCGGAUUACAAAGACUGCAACUCAGCAGAAGCCAUGGACGACUUCAUGAAGAUAAUCAGCUGCUAUGAAGCCAGCUACCAGCUCCUCGACCCUGAUAAAAGCGACAGGGACUUGUCGCUAAUCAAAAUGAUGGAUGUUGGCCGGAGGUUCCUGGUGAACAGAGUCCAGGACCACAUCCAGAGCCGAAUUUUGUACUAUCUGAUGAACAUCCACGUAAGCCAGCCACGCACCAUCUACCUUUGUCGGCAUGGCGAGAACAAAUACAACCUGCACGGCCAGACCGGGGCUGGCUCAGGCCUGUCUUGCAGAGGCAAGAAGUUUGCCAGCGCCCUGAGCAAGUUUGUGGGGGAGCAGAACCUGAAGGACCUCCGGGUGUGGACCAGACAGCUGAAGAGCACCAUCCAGAUGGCGGAAGCACUGAAGCUCACCUACGAGCAGUGGAAGGCUCUCAAUGAGACUGAUGCCGGUGUCUGCGAGGAGCUGACCUAUGAGGAGAUCAGAGACACAUACCCGGAGGAGUAUGUGCUGCGCGAGCAGGACAAGUACUACUACCGCUACUCAACGGGUGAGUCCUAUCAGGACCUGGUCCUGCGUUUGGAGCCGGUGAUCAUGGAGCUGGAGCGCCAGGAAAACGUACUGGUCAUCUGCCACCAGGCUGUCCUGCGCUGCCUGCUCGCCUACUUCCUGGAUAAGAGUACAGAGGAGAUGCUCUACCUGAGAUGCCCCCUUCACACUGUUCUGAAACUGACACCUGUUGCUUACGGUUGCCGUGUGGAGUCCAUCUACCUGAACGUGGAGUCCGUGAGCACACACCGGGAGAAGACAGAGGAUGCAAAGAAGGGACCUAACCCACUCAUGAGAAGCAAUAGUUUCACCCCACUAGCCAGCCCCGAGCCCACCAAAAAGCCUUUCAUCAACAGCUUUGAGGAGCAUGUGGCUUCCACUUCUGCCCUGCCCGGCUGCCUGCCCCCGGAGGGGCCCACGCAGCUGCCUGGACAAAACACGAAGGACUCCUACAGCAGUGCCGACUCCUCCAAGAAACAAUGAAUGAAACAAGCACAUCUCGUCCAUUCCGCUUCCAUUUCUGCAGCUUAGCUUGUGGGCUCCCAUCU